AUGAUGGAGAGGAUAAGAAAAGAAAUGAUUCUGAUGGAAAGGGGACUACACAGCCCAGUGGCAGGCAAGAGGAUCUCCAACCUCUCUGAUUCGACCGGGAACGCGGUGCUGGAGGCCCUGGAAAAUUCUCAACACGCAGGUCGUCUCAGCCCGAGAAUAACUUCCGCCUCGCUCCACGGUAGUCUCGGGGAUAUUCCCACCAAAGCGAAGUUUGAAAUCGACAGUUUAUUCGGAAAUCACCACAGCAGCGACAAUACCUCCUCCACCGAAGUGUCGUCCUCUGAAAGCAGGAAGAAAAUACAUUUUUAUCCUGAAGUUUCUCCAGACUCCGAUAUGAACAGCGAUGUGGAGGUGGGAUGCCCGUCUCAUCGCUCACCGGGCAGUGUCAGCCAACAUAAAGAAAACAACAGUAAAGGUUUUUCAGACAGUAGGCCUAAUUCAGGAACAUCCAAUACAAGUUCAUCGUCUGUCUCCAACCUAAACGGCAAUUCCAUCGGUAACUCCAGCAGCUCGAGCGCGGACCAGGUGAGGAGGUAUCGGACUGCUUUCACACGAGAACAAAUUGGAAGAUUGGAAAAAGAAUUUUACAGGGAAAACUACGUCUCAAGACCCAGGAGAUGUGAACUGGCCGCAGCACUAAACCUUCCCGAAACAACAAUAAAGGUGUGGUUUCAGAACCGACGAAUGAAGGACAAGCGGCAGCGGUUGGCCAUGUCCUGGCCACAUCCCGCCGAUCCCAGCUUCUACACCUAUAUGAUGACGCAUGCAGCCGCCACCGGAAGUCUGCCUUAUCCUUUCCAUUCCCACAUGCCACUACACUACUACCCCCAUGUCGGUGUCACGGCAGCAGCUGCUGCGGCAGCCGCCUCAGGAGCCGCUCCAUCGCCUUUUGCUACCUCUCUCCGUCCCCUUGAUACUUUCCGUGCGCUCUCUCAUCCCUAUUCGCGCCCAGAGCUGUUGUGUAGCUUCCGACAUCCAGGACUAUACCAGUCACCCGCUGGCUUAAACAGCUCCGCAGCGGCGGCGGCGGCGGCGGCGGCAGCGGCUGCAGCGGUCAGCGCACCCUCAGCCACGGGGCCGUGCUCAUGUCUCAGCUGCCACAGCAGUCAGGCGGCCAGCGCACUGGGCUCCAGGAGCGCCAGCUCUGAUUUCACCUGCACGGCGAGCGGGCCGAGGUCUGAGAGCGGAUUUUUGCCAUACUCGGCAGCAGUUCUCAGCAAAACUGCGGUGCCCUCACCAGACCAGAGAGAAGAAAGCGCACUCAAUAGAUAG